AGAGACUUUGCUGAUCGUUUCCUGCACUGUUGCAUGGUGGUCGAACAGGAGGAAUUGUUGGAAAUUUUUUGGAGCAGCUAAAGCAUGCUCUUGGCCCAGAUAAACCGGGACUCCCAGGGAAUGUCAGAGUUUCAUGAUGCAGAUGGGCAGCCGGUUACUCUCUGCCUGACAGAGGCUGUGACGGUGGCAGAUGGCGAUCAGAUGGAGAGCAUGGACACCGUGAGCUUGCAGGCCGUUACUCUUGCAGAUGGUUCCACAGCGUACAUCCAGCACGACUCCAAAGCUUCGUUUUCAGAUGGACAAAUCAUGGACGGUCAGGUGAUCCAACUGGAGGACGGCUCGGCUGCCUACGUUCAGCACGUGUCCAUGCCUAAAACGGGAGGAGACAGUUUACAGCUUGAAGACGGACAGGCCGUCCAGUUAGAAGAUGGAACAACUGCUUAUAUUCACACACCCAAAGAAACUUAUGACCAGAGUGGCUUGCAGGAGAUCCAACUGGAGGACGGAAGCACCGCCUACAUCCAGCACACGGUACACAUGCCGCAGCCCAACACCAUCCUGGCCAUCCAGGCUGAUGGCACCAUCGCAGAUCUGCAGGCUGAGGCCACAGCGAUUGACCCAGAAACCAUCAGUGUUCUUGAACAAUACAGCACCAAGGUAGAGAAUGUAGAAAACACUUCGGGAUCUUUUGGCAGAGUAGAAACGGACAUUGGCGUCCACAUGCGGAUUGUGUUACAGGGUCAAGACAACAGGCCACAAAGAGUGUCAAAUGUAGGGGAGAAGUCUUUCCACUGUGAAUAUGAGGGCUGUGGGAAGCUCUACACAACUGCCCACCACCUCAAGGUGCACGAGCGCUCCCACACUGGUGACAAACCGUACAUCUGUGAAUAUCACGGCUGUGGGAAGAAGUUUGCAACAGGUUACGGGCUGAAGAGUCACUCACGCACACACACGGGGGAAAAGCCAUACAGAUGUCAGGAGCUAAACUGCUGCAAGUCCUUUAAAACCUCUGGAGACCUUCAAAAGCACACAAGGACUCAUACAGGAGAAAAGCCUUUCAAGUGCCCAGUUGAAGGCUGUGGCAGGUCGUUCACCACCUCCAACAUUCGCAAAGUUCACAUCCGAACACAUACGGGAGAGCGGCCGUACUUCUGCUCUGAGCCCAGCUGUGGGCGCUCAUUCGCCAGUGCCACCAAUUACAAGAACCAUAUGAGGAUUCACACUGGAGAGAAACCAUAUGUGUGCACAGUGCCUGGGUGUGAAAAGCGCUUCACGGAGUACUCCAGCCUUUAUAAACACCAUGUUGUCCAUACACCCUGUAAACCUUACAACUGCAACCACUGCGGGAAAACCUACAAGCAGAUCUCCACGCUCGCCAUGCACAAACGCACAGCUCACAAUGACACCGAGCCCAUCGAAGAGGAGCAGGAGGCUUACUUUGAACCACCAACAGAUGCAAUUGAUGAUCCCAAUGCGAGCUACACACCAACUGUGGUUGAAGCAGACGAGUCCAGCUCAGAGCAGGUUCCUGUGGAGCCAUCAGACAUUGUUAGUCAACAGCAUGUUGCCGUGGUAACUCAGGAAGAUGGGACACAACAACAGGUCAGUAUUUCUGAAGCGGACCUACAAGCUAUGGGAGGCACCAUCACCAUGGUAACCCAGGAAGGCACAACCAUAACCAUCCCAGCUCAUGAACUGGCAUCGCAAGGCGCUCACUCCGUUACUAUGGUAGCAACGGACGGGUCAGGAGAACAGGUUGCCAUCAUGACGCCUGACAUGGCCUCGUUCCAAACUGUGGAAGAAACAAACUACAGUCACGACACAGAAGAUCUUCAUGCGGUCACAUUACUGGCUACCUCUAAUGGGACUCACAUUGCUGUACAGCUCAGUGAUCAGCCUUCGCUGGAGGAAGCCAUCAGAAUAGCAUCAAGAAUACAACAAGGAGAGUCUCCGGACCUGGACGAUUGAUGGACUUAUUAAAAGAAAGACAGUUUAAAAUGAACUAUAUAUU